AUGGUUCUUCCAAGCCACCCAAACCCGACAGCGCCCGUUAUCGCGCAUUUUGACCUGACCGGCAAGACAGCCAUAGUCACCGGCGGAACCCGAGGCAUCGGCUUGGAAGUUGCGCGUGGACUUGCCGAGGCCGGUGCCAAGGUCGCAAUCACAUACACCAGCACCGACCCUGUAGAAGCCGAUGCCACGGCCGCCAAACUAUCUGAAUCAGGCAACGGAGUGCUUGUUAAAGCGUACAAAUGCAACGUCCGCAACAGAGCGGAAGUGGAAUCCGUCAUUGAGACUGCGACAAAGGAAGUUGGAGACGGCAAGCUCGACGUUGUCGUUGCCAAUGCCGGGAUCGCGGACCACAUCCCCGCCAUCGAAUACCCAGAGGACAAGUUCCGUGACAUGCUGGACGUCAACUUCCACGGGGCAUUCUGGACUGCGCAAGCUGCUGCCAAGGUCUUUGAAAGGCAGUUGAAAGGUGGCAGUGAUGGUCGAGGAAGCAUCAUCUUCACGGCUUCGGUUUCCGCCAUCUUGGUGAACGUACCGCAGAAGCAGGCGGCGUAUAAUGCUAGUAAGGCGGCGGUGGUGCACUUGGCCAAGUCGUUGUCUGUCGAGUGGGUUGACUUUGCGAGAGUGAACUGCGUGUCUCCUGGUUUCAUUGCAACGGACAAACUAGGCGCAAAUCUGGUUAUUGAUGGAGGAUACACAUUGCCGUAG